AAAGGAUGUUCUUAUUGAUAACAGAUGGAUCAGCACUCGCACUACCAACCAUCAGGCUCUCCAGUCUCCUACACCCAUGUUAGAGAUCUCGACUCUUCCGACCUGUGGCGUCGUCGGAAUGGAUUAGAUCCAUGCAGCAGACGCUCUCCACUGCAUGGCGACAACAAAAGACACGAUGACGACGAAGCUGCCAGACAUCAGAUGCAUCAGCAGCGAGACCAAAACAGGUUAAUGGAAAGAAUGAGCCAUCAUCACGUGCAAGGACAGACAACUAAGAGGAAAAACGUCAGAAGACGCUUCAAUCUCAGCACAGAAAAUAGAAUGGAUAUUAUUUCUCCAAUGAACGCUUCAUCGAACUGGGAUGUAGCUGAGCAGCGAUCUGAAGAUUCCAUAUCAUCUGUAGAAUCUUCUUUGUACAGCGAUGAAGAUGAUGCAGCGCUGCAAGAUGGGUUUGAGCAGCUACGUAAGGCUGCUAUCCCCGAUCUGUCACCUUCUCAAGAGGUUGAUCAUUAUAGUCUCUUGAAAACAGCCAUUGCAAAAAUUGGUUGGUUAACGAACGUGCUAGAAGAUCAUCAUAAGAGUUCUCCAAAUGAUAGAGGAUCUUUCUCAACAGCUCUUACAGCCAGCAAUGAAUUAUAGGAUGAAUAGCAGACGUUAAGCUCAAGAUAGGUUGGUUAACUAACGUGCUGGAAGAUCAUCAUAAGAAUUCUCCAAACGAUAGAGGAUCAUUCUCAACAGCUCUUACAGCCAGCAAUGAAUUAUAGGAUGAACAGUAGACGUGGAGCUAACAGGACAAUACCAGAUGAAGUCUUGUGAUGUUCAACAUGUAUCCUACUAAUAAUAGAAUUAAU